AUGAACACUCUGAAAUUGACAGCUAAUGAGAACGAUGGUAAAUUAUGGCAAGUAUCAAAUGAACAAAUUCGUCAUCAAUUAUGUAGAGUUAAUGAAUUACAUAAUGGACAGAUGAAAGCAUUUGAAAUUAAUACAGGAUCUGUCAAUACAAGUGUUUUACUUAUUAGACAAGAUAAUAAAUUUUAUGCAUAUGCAAACAAAUGUUGUCAUUAUAAACUACCAUUAAGCAAAGGAGUGUUAAUUAAUAAUCGUCUUCGUUGUUUUGCACAUGGUGCUUGUUAUCGUGUCGAUACGGGCGAUAUAGAAGAUCAUCCAGGUCAUGGCAAUUUACCAAAAUAUGAGGUCGAAAUUGUUGAUGAUGAAGUUGUAUUGAUAGCACAAAAGGAAGAUCUUGAAAAACUUGAACGUAUAAAAAUACCUGAAGAUUUUGAAAUUGAACCAAAACCAAUAGUGGCUAUUAUUGGAGCUGGCGCUGGUGGAUUUACAUGUGCUGAUAUGCUUCGUCAAAAUGGAUUUCGUGGUCGUAUAGUUUUAUUGACACGAGAAGGAACGUUACCUUAUGACCGUGUACAAUUAUCGAAACAACCAUCUAAAAAACCUCAGGAUUUACUUCUUCGUGAUCAAUCUUAUUAUAAGAAAACUAAAAUUGAGUUAUUAUGCGAUUCAGAAGUAACAAAUAUUAAUUGGAUUACGAAGAAUAUAACAUAUAAACAAUUGGGUAAUCAAUUAAAAUCGACUCCAUACGAUUAUUUAGUAUUAGCGACUGGAUUACGACCAAGAAAAUUACCUUCGUCAUUAUUAGGUCAUGAUCUUCGAAAUAUAUUUUAUAUGAGAUCACUCGAUGAUGCUGAUAAACUUGUUAAUAAAGUAAAAUCACCAGAUAUAAAUAAUAUUGUUAUUAUUGGUGAUUCAUUUAUUGCAUUAGAACUAUGUGGAUGGUUAACAACGGGUUUAAAUGAAAAGAAAAAUAUUUCAGUUGUUAUGCGAUCAAAAGUACCAAUGCUUCGUAUUUUUGGUGAACGAAUUGGUCAUGCUAUACAAAAAAUUCAUGAAAGUAAUGGUGCAAAAUUUUAUCCACAAGCAACUGUUACAGAAAUAACAGGUCAUCAUAAUGUUGUUAAAUUCGUUGAAUUGGGAACAGGUGAAUCUGUUCCAUGUGAUUUAGUUCUUGUUGCUAUUGGUAGUGAUUUAUGUACAGAAUUAUAUGAAAAUUCUCCAGUUGAAAUGACUGAUGAUGGUUUUGUUAAAAUAAAUGAACGUCUUGAAACAUCGGUUGAUCAUGUUUUAGCUGUCGGUGAUAUAUGUAAAUAUCCAUUGAGAGUAUUUAAUUUAGAAGAUAUUAAUUGUCAACAUUGGCAAAUGGCUUGCUCAACAGGUCAUCAAGCUGCGGAUACUAUUUUACGUUAUUAUCUUGGACAAACUAAGGCAGGUGUACGUUCAUUAAAAACUGAUUUUUAUACAACACCAAUCUAUUGGACAACACAAAAUAAUAAGACAACAAUUCGUUAUGCUGGAUAUACUCGUGAUCCAGAAAAUGUUAUUAUUCAUGGUGAUCUUGAAGGUGAAUUUAAAUUUGUUGCAUAUUAUAUCGUUGAUGGUUAUGUACGAGCAGUAGCUCAAUCAAAAUAUGAACCAUUAUCGAGUGAAAUAGCUGAAGUUUUUUUUCAUAGACGAAAUAUUCGAAAGGAAGAUAUUGAACAUGAUAUGUAUGGUUAUAGAAAACAUUUGGAUUUCAAAAUGAAUAAACCUGAAUAG